CCUUAUGUAGGCUUGUCUCAACCAUACAGUGAGGUAUUUUAUGCAGGCAACACCAUAUAUUAACUUAACUGGGCCAGUGCCAACGAGCCCUUUGAAACGCUUGCCGCGGCACUUACUUGCGUGACUUCACCAGCGAUUUAGUUGUUAGGACCCGACCUAAGGCUGUCGAUCAAGAGCUAUUUUAGACGCGUCGGUGGCAGGCCUGAGGGUGUCCGUUCGUGAGUAGCCUACGAAUCUGCAAGCAGCACCACCGAAUUCUGUCAGGCAAGCACAAUGUGCACAACCUCUACGUUGACGUCCCAUGAGGACACAAUGAUUCUGCCUCCAAUCCCAUCGAACGACGACCUGACGUCCGAUCCAGAGAUUUGGGAUGUGGUUAUCGUGGGCGGAGGAGUUGCGGGAUGUGCUCUGGCGUACGCCCAGGCUAAGGACGGUCGCCGCGUGCUUAUGAUUGAGCGCGACCUGACCCAGCCCGAUCGUAUUGUGGGGGAGCUGCUGCAGCCGGGCGGAUACCUGAUGCUCAAGAAGCUGGGGCUGGAGGGCUGCCUGGACGGCAUUGAUGCGGUCAAUGUGUACGGCUACGCCCUGUUCAAGGGCGACACGCAGGCGGUGAUCCACUACCCGCUGGAGGGGUACACGCCGGACGUGACGGGGCGCAGCUUCCACCACGGUCGCUUCAUUCAGAAGCUGCGGGUGGCUGCCGCCUCCUGCCCCAGUGUCACUGUACGACAGGGCCUGGUCAAGAAGCUGGUCAACGACAAGGGCGGCGAGUGGCAGGAGGGCGAGGUGGUGACGGGGGUGGUGUACCGACACCUGCCGGCAGGCGAGGGGGCGGCGCCCUGCGACCGCUCCGCCCGCGCGCACCUGACCAUUGUAUGCGACGGCAUGUACUCGAACCUGCGCAAGCACCUGUCCUCAUCCACUCCGGUCCACCCCAGCUUCUUCGUGGCGCUGCUGCUGCCCAACUGCCAGCUGCCGGUGCCCAACCACGGGCAUGUGGUGCUGGCCAAGCCCUCGCCCAUCCUCUUCUACCCCAUCAGCCCCAAUGAAGUCAGGUGUCUGGUUGACGUCCCCGGCGAGCGGCUCCCCUCCGACCUGCCCGCCUACCUGCGGGCCACGGUGGUGCCGCAGCUGCCCGAGCCGCUGCGGCAGCCCUUCCUGCAGGCGUUGGAGAAGCCGGAGGCCAUCAGGAGCAUGCAGAACAAGCUGCUCCCCGCCACGCCCCUGCACCAGCCCGGCGCCCUGCUGCUGGGCGACGCCUUCAACAUGCGGCACCCGCUCACCGGCGGUGGCAUGACGGUGGCGCUCUCCGACUGCGCGCUGCUGGUGGACAUGCUGCGCCCGCUGCCCAGCCUGGGGGACGCGCUGGCCACCGCGCAGCGUACCGCGGACUUUUACACGCGCCGCAAGCCGCUGAGCGCCACCAUCAACACACUGGCGAAUGCGCUGUACAAGGUGUUUCGGUACUCGGGCGAGCCCGCCCACGAGGAGAUGCGCCAGGCCUGCUUCGACUACCUCGCCCUGGGCGGCAUCUGCGCGCAGGGCCCCAUCUCGCUGCUUUCCGGCCUCAACCCGCGCCCCUCGGUGCUGGUCAAGCACUUUUUCAUGGUGGCGCUGUUUGGCGUGGGGCGGCUGCUGCUGCCGCGCCCCUCCCUGCGCGGUCUCUACAUGGCGGCGGCGCUGCUGGCGGUGGCCUGCCGCAUCAUCUUCCCCAUCAUCUGGACGGAGGGUCUGCGCGCGGUGUUCCUGCCAUCGCUGGCGCCCAAGCCGGUGGUGUCGGUGGCGGCCAGCAGCGGCGCGGCGGCGGCGGCUGUGAAGAAGGCGGCGUAAGGGGCGGGAGGGCCGCGGUAGGGGAAAGGGGUUUGGGGUAAGUUAUUGAUGAGGGAUCAGACGACCAUGACGUUUGGGGUUUCCACUGGUCUGAGAUGAAUGUGGGGGUGUGCAUGGGAGCCAAGGGGUGCUGCUGCUUGAAUUGCGCCAUACAUAGUUUUGUUUGGUGGAAUACUGCUAAGCUCGUGCGGUGUAGUGUAUUGGCUUGGGUGCUUUGGGCACUACGACUAUUGUGCACGCUGAUGGGCUGAAUAGGGUUUUUGUCUUCGCCCCUUCAUCUCGAGGGGCGUGCGUUUUGAAAGUUUCUGGCUCUGGGCGUGCUGCGCUACCUCUCUGGCACUCGGGCGCUAGGUCUGCGGUUUGGCAGUGAUGGCGACAUCAGCGGCUUUACUGGCUUCAGCGACUCAGAUUGGGCUGGCGACCCUGCCACGCGCCGGUCCACCACGGGCUACGUCUUCUCGCUAGGAGGCGCAGCUGUGAGCUGGAGCAGCCAGCUGCAGCGUACCGUGGCGGCAUCAUCAGUGGAGGCGGAGUAUCAGGCAGCUGCAGCAGCCGUACGAGAGGCACUCUGGUUGCGUCACCUGGCAGCGGACCUACGGCUGCCACGUAAGACCAUCACCAUCAUGCUGGACUCGCAGGGAGCCCUCAGCCUGGCGAACAACCACAUCACAUCGGUGCGCUCUAAGCACAUCGACGUGCACCACCACCUGGUGCGAGAGCGUGUGGCGCGCGGCGAGGUGAAAAUCCAUGCCUAAAGCGCGAGCCGAACGUGUGCUAUCUGUGCUGCUUCUAUGCGUUAAGGCAAGCUCACCGCCGUUAUCUAUGCGAGGGGUUUUUUGUUGGAUGCUUAGUUGGGCUGUAUCUUCCUCACGGCAUUCCUUGACGUUCAUGCACCUUGCCCCCAAUGUGGUAACUUGGGGCUCAGCACGAACGGGAUCCAAUGUACGGUGGUGUGCUUUUGCGGCGGGCGGUGCGUUAUUUCAUAUGGUGAGGUUGCGUUGUUAUAUGCAUUGGAUUGCGGAUUUUGUUGAUGCGAAAUGAGCUGGGUAGUUUUGUAUGGGUGCUGGCGCUGCCUGAAACAUGCUGUGACUGUUUUGGCUUGUUGGGAAGACGUAUAAUCGCGUACGAUAGCUGAGAGAUGUAAGGGCACGUAGGUUGCUUGUGCCGCAAGUUUUGCUGGAUGCUGGUGCUUGGGAGGGUUACUGAAACCCACGCGUGAAUUUGUUUCCUUGUUGCCCCUCUUCUUGGGCAAAUGGCUUAAUUUGCUGCAGCAGCGUUUACUGACAUGUAGCCUUUGGACAUUGCGAAUGCCAUGGCCCCAUGUGUUCCUGUACUGUACUGGAGGUGGUAGUUUCACUACCGUGGGCA